AUGAGCAUCAGUGAAGAGGACGUGGAGAAGUUUCUUGAUGGCAAUCCUGCCUUUGCUAAGCAGUACUUUGAGAAGAAACUAAGAACAGAGCCCUGUGAUAGCAAUGAGAGUGACAUCCUUUUUGAGUUGAUCCAAGACAUGCAAGAAAGCAUCAACAUGGAAAAAGUGGUUUUCAAGACCUUGAGGAGAAUCAGGUCCCUUAUUCACGCUGAUCGCUGCAGUCUUUUCAUGUACAGGCAGAGAAAUGGCACUCCUGAACUGGCAACAAGGCUCUUCAACAUCCAGGAGGGAAGCACUCUAGAGGAAUGUCUGGUCUCCCCAGACUGUGAGAUUGUCUAUCCACUAGACAUAGGCAUCGUGGGCUACGUUGCACAAACCAAGAAAACCAUGAACAUCAAGGAUGUCAGUGAGUGUGCCCAGUUCAGCCCAUUUGUUGAUGAGCUCACCGACUACACUACAAGAAACAUCCUUGCAACACCCAUCUUGAAUGGCAAAGAUUUAGUUGCUGUCAUUUUGGCUAUUAAUAAGCAGAAUGGUCCAUACUUCACCAGCUCUGAUGAAACACUUUUUCUGAAGUACCUGAAUUUUGCCUCCUUGAACCUGAAAAUUUAUCACUUGAGUUAUCUUCAUAAUUGUGAGACUCGAAGAGGCCAGGUGCUAUUGUGGUCAGCUAAUAAGGUUUUUGAGGAACUGACAGAUAUUGAGAGGCAGUUCCACAAAGCUUUUUACACAGUGAGAGCAUACCUGAACUGUGACCGGUACUCUGUAGGUCUCCUGGACAUGACAAAGCAAAAGGAAUUUUUUGACCUGUGGCCAGUCUUGCUGGGAGAAGUUCCCCCCUACUCAGGACCUCGCACCCCUGAUGGCAGAGAAAUAGUCUUCUACAAGGUCAUUGAUUAUAUAUUACAUGGAAAAGAGGACAUCAAAGUCAUCCCAAAUCCUACCCCAGAUCACUGGGCACUAGUUACUGGACUGCCAGCAUACGUGGCUGAAAGUGGAUUUAUUUGCAACAUUAUGAACGCUGCUGCGGAUGAGAUGUUUAACUUUCAGGAAGGUCCUCUAGAUGAAUCAGGAUGGACUAUCAAAAAUGUUCUCUCCAUGCCAAUAGUCAACAAAAAGGAAGAAAUUGUUGGUGUUGUCACAUUUUAUAACAGAAAAGACGGGAAACCGUUUGACGAACAGGAUGAGACCCUCAUGGAGUCCUUGACACAGUUCCUGGGUUGGUCAGUACUCAACACAGACACGUAUGAUAAGAUGAACAAGCUGGAGAACAGGAAGGACAUUGCUCAGGAUAUGGUGCUCUACCAUGUGAAAUGUGACAAGGAUGAAAUCCAGGAAAUUCUGCCAACACGAGAAAAGCUGGGGAAGGAGCCAAGUGAGUGUGAGGAAGAGGAGCUGGCAAGCGUCCUGAAAGAAGAACUCCCAGGGCCCACCAAAUUCGAAAUCUAUGAGUUCAGGUUCUCCGAUUUCGACUGCACUGAACUAGAGCUGGUGAAGUGUGGCAUUCAGAUGUACUAUGAACUUGGAGUGGUGAAAAAGUUCCAGAUCCCACAGGAGGUCCUGGUAAGAUUUGUGUACUCCGUCAGCAAAGGCUACCGGAAGAUAACUUACCACAACUGGCGUCACGGCUUCAAUGUAGCGCAGACCAUGUUCACGCUCCUGAUGACAGGCAAACUGAAGCGUUACUACACAGACCUGGAAGCCCUUGCAAUGGUAACUGCUGCUCUGUGCCACGAUAUCGACCACAGGGGUACCAACAACCUUUACCAAAUGAAAUCUCAAAAUCCUUUAGCUAAACUUCACGGAUCCUCAAUUUUAGAGAGACAUCACUUGGAAUUUGGAAAAAUUUUGCUCUCUGAAGAGUCACUGAAUAUAUGUCAGAACCUCAAUCGCAGACAGCAUGAGCACAUGAUUCACCUGAUGGAAAUUGCCAUUAUAGCAACAGACUUGGCACUCUACUUCAAAAAGAGAACAAUGUUUCAAAAGAUUGUUGAUGAGUCCAAGACAUACGAUAGCAUGGCUGCCUGGACUGAAUACCUGUCUCUGGAGACAACAAAGAAAGAGGUUGUCAUGGCCAUGAUGAUGACUGCCUGUGAUUUGUCAGCAAUCACAAAGCCUUGGGAAGUCCAGAGUAAGGUAGCUCUGCUAGUAGCAGCUGAGUUCUGGGAACAAGGAGACCUAGAAAUAAGCGUCCUUCAGCAACAGCCUAUUCCUAUGAUGGACCGGAGGAAAGCUGCUGAGCUUCCAAAACUUCAAGUGGGUUUCAUCGACUUUGUGUGCACAUUCGUCUAUAAGGAAUUUUCCCGUUUCCAUGAGGAAAUUCAGCCUAUGCUUGAUGGAUUGCUGAACAAUAGAAAUGAGUGGAAGAUUCGUGCUGAUGAGUAUGAUGCAAAAAUCAAAGCUCUGGAGGAAGAGAAGAAGAAAGAGGAAGAGAAGAUGGCAGCAAAGACAGAUGGAAUAACCUGUAACGGAGGAACAGCUCCAGCUUCCAAAACCUGUAGCAUACUUUAG